CUAUAAGAUUAAAAGCUAGUUUAUCGAUUAAAGAUUGCGUUUUAUUGAUCUUGCGUCAAGAUGGAUGUUCCGAAUGUAUCGACGGUACAUAAUGUCACGUUAUCUCGUCGGGGAUAUAGCAUCACUGGGAGCUUGGUAUUAUCCCGUUAUCAUCUUGUUUUCAGUUUUAAUCCGAAUCCAAAAGACCAACAAGCUGCUUUGAGAGAAAUAUGGAUAUGUUAUCCAAUAAUUGAUAAGAUGAAAAAGUCCAGGGGAAGCUCUUGGAUUGAGAAGCAUAGCUCGAAUGGAUCUAAUAGUAACCCAAAUUUUAAUGACAUUGAUCUCUCCACACCUCGAUAUCCUAUUGAUGACUAUGAUCAUUAUUCCUCGUCACACAUAAAGCUUCAAUGUAAAGACUUCACCUACUACUCAUUUGAUUUCAUUAAUGAUAUGAUAUGUACCGAGGUUUUCCGAAAAUUAAGUUUGUUAAUUACAGCAGCAAAAUCGAAACAUAGCAUACGAGAGUUCUAUGCUUUCGAUUAUAAACCAAAUUUGAUUGAGCAACAACUACCGGUGAAAGGUUGGGACUUAUACGAUCCACUAAGGGAAUAUGAGAGACAAGGGCUUAUUGGAGAUAAAGGGGAAGGUAACAGUUAUUGGAGAGUUAGUGAGGUUAACAGAGAAUAUAAGUUUUGUCCAUCUUAUCCCAAUACUUUGAUUAUUCCAGCGUCUAUAUCAGACAAUGUGUUGAAGCAUGCAAGCAAGUUCAGAUCUAAACAGAGAAUCCCUGCAAUAGUAUAUAGACAUAGAUCAGGAACCAACGGCAACGUUAUUGCUCGUUGUUCACAACCUCUAGUUGGAUUGAAUAUCCAAAAUCGGUCAAUACAGGAUGAAAGAUUAAUUGCUGAGAUUUUUGAAAGUCAAAAGAGGGAAAGAUCUGAUAAGCUGAAUUAUGAUAAUGACCCAUUAAAGAGUCAACCGCAAAAAAAUUUAAUUGUUGAUUUAAGACCUAUAACCAAUGCCAUGGCACAACACGCAUUGGGAGCAGGUACAGAGAAUAUUGAUAAUUAUAGAGGUAGAAUGAAGAAUGAAGAUAAAAAGGUAGCCAAUGGCUCCCCUAGUGAUGACAAUACCAAAUCAGAUGACUCUGCAAAUGAUUCUAAAGGUUUGUAUCAUGUGGAUAAAAUUUUUUGUAAUAUUGAUAACAUUCAUGUUAUGAGAGACUCGUUAAAUAAGCUUAUCAGCAUAUUGAGUGAAUUAGAUAAAUAUCCGGUAUCGACUAAUGCCAAUAAAACACCGAUCCCGUUACUUCAACAAUCUUUGAAUAAAACCCAAUGGCUUCAUCGUAUAUCUAUAGUGCUCCAAUCUGUUGAUCGAAUUACUAAGUCAGUGCACUUAAAUAAUACUAAUGUCGUGAUUCACUGUUCGGAUGGUUGGGAUAGAACAUCUCAAGUAUCUGCAUUACUGCAACUAUGCUUGGACCCUUACUAUAGAACCAUAGAAGGGUUUAUGGUUUUAAUUGAAAAAGAAUGGGUUAGCUUUGGGUUUAAAUUUGCUACAAGAGGUGAUCAUGGCGGGUGUGUUGGGGCAUUAGUUCCCAAACAGUCCAUGAGCCAAAACCUGGGGGAUUCGUAUUCCAGUAAAAUAUCCCAGACAAUUGAAUCAGCGAUUUCCGAAGACCCCCAAAAAAUUAACGGAGGAGGGAUGAGUCUGUUCUUACAAAAAGCAGCUAGGGCAGCCAAUCACCUUAAAAAUACUGCUCAAAAUGCAGCAGCUUCGUCAUCGUCAUCAGCAUCAACCAAUGGCUCCGAUGUUGAUGGAGAUGGUAAGUCAUCGCCAUUUUCAACUUCUUCUUAUAGUGCCAGCAAUGAAAAAUCUCCAAUAUUUCAUCAAUUCUUGGAUUGCGUUUACCAAAUUUAUCGCCAGCAUCCUUGUGAGUUUGAGUUUAAUAGUAGGUUUUUGAAAAGACUCUUCUACCAUUAUUAUUCAUGUCAAUACGGAAGCUUUUUAUGUGAUUCAGAAAGAGAGUUAAAAGAAGUUUAUCAAGUUCAAAAUUCAACAGUUUCAGUGUGGGACUACUUCAAAUCAAGACCAGCUGAAUUUUGCAAUAAACUGUAUAAACCCAAUUCCAGAUCUCCAUCUCCGUCAUCGGAUGAUUCUAGCUCAAGCCUGAAGGAUAAGGAUGACGACCUGGUACUAUUUUUCAACUUCACGGAUGUCAAGUGGUGGUAUGAGCUUUAUGGGAGAUCAGAUGAAGAAAUGAACGGCUUAUCCAACUCUCUAGAUCGUAAAUUUGCCCAAAUGAAGCUUCAUAGCUCAUCACCUUCACCUUCGACUUAACAAAAAGGGAAAAUACCGAAGGAGAAGUCAUCUAAUAUCGGAAACUUGGCUCCCUUUAUUCACCUUAAAGUAUAUGAGACCAUGACUAUCAUUUCUGCAUUUCUUUUUAAUCAGAUUUUUAGACAAAUACGAUAAUUUUGC